AUGACCAUAUUAGCUGCAUGGCUCAGCCGUAAACAAUUCAGCGCCUCAUCGAACCGCCUGAUAAUCAGCCUCGCCAUUUCAGACCUGCUUAUGGCUCCCGCAACACUGUAUGAUCUCAUAUUGUACGUUUACCCAGAUCUCAAUAACAAAAUUUCGUGCUUACUUAGAUACGUCUUUCUGUCUAUUGCCUGCACUUCUGGAUACUACAAUAUGGCGGCUAUAGCUGUCGACAGAUACAUUUCAAUAAUUUAUCCACUUGAAUAUCCCCAAUACGUAACCAAGAGCUUAAUCCAUAUUAUGAUUGCUGUUAUUUGGAGCGUAACUCUGUUAAAGUCUACGAUACCCCUCUAUUGGAACACUUACAAGCCGGGCAUCUGCAAAUUCUGCCACGUCAUGUCUACACAAUACGUAAUGGGGAUCAUGGUUCCAAACUUUUUGAUUGUCUGGUUCAGUAUUUCGGUGCUCUAUUGGAAGAUAUGGAAAACAUCUAGGGAAUAUACUCAAAGAUCGAGAGCGAGAUCACAAGAAGUUGGUCAGCAAUGUAAUGCCAGUUACAGCAAAAGUAAUAAGGUAGUACUCACGAUCCUCGGUUGUUUUUCGUUGUGCUGGUUACCGUUUAUGAUCCAUUUGUUUUUAUUCGCUUUGAAAAAAAGCUUAAAACCAAGCGACACGUCAUUUUUCGUGGCGUACUGGAUAGCGACGUGCAACAGCGGUAUCGAUCCAUUUAUUUACGCUUGGAAGAGGCCGGCGUUUCGAAAAGCCUAUCGUCGCUUAUUAGGACUCAAAGCGCUGGAUCGCACCAAUUGCGCUCUGGAUAAUCAGUUGGGAGGCCAGAAAAAGCUGACAAAGACGGUGGGCGAAGAACAUAGAUGCAUGAACAUUGUUGUCCUAAAGACCAUCUCGGUUAAUGUUGAUAAUGAGACUGUUAGGCAUAAUUGA